UCAGGCUCAAUUCCGUGUGAAGCAUCCAGAAGCAGUGUAUGUGCACUGCUAUGCCCAUGAACUGAAUUUGGUGCUUUGUCACACUUGCAGGGCUGUGCCAGAAGCCAUUGAUUUCUUCGACACACUGGAGAGUGUGUACUGUUUCUUCAGUGUGUCUUUAGUUAAUCAUCAGUCUUUCUCUGACAUGCAAAAAGCCUUGGGCUUAGAGAAGAGUGAGCUUGUUCAGCUCUCGAAGACACGGUGGGCAUGCCAGCUCAAAUCAGUCACUGCCGUGAUUGCAAAUCUGCCAGCAUUGUUGAAGUCCCUCACAGAAUUGACCAGUACCACCACAGCAAUUGGACUGCUUUCCAAACUUUCAAGACUUUCAAAUGUCUAUAUGCUUGUGAUGUUCAAAGCUUUGCUGUCCACUACAGAGGGACUUCACAAGUACCUUCAAAAAGAGGAUGUAGACUUAGCACAAGGUCCAUGCGGACAGAGGAAAUGGCAGAGAAAUUCUAUAAUCAGGCCAAAGAAAUUCUUGAGGCCAACCAUCUGUCAGAGACCCCAGCUCCAGGAGGUUCUCAAAAACGCAAGCAGAAGCGAUUAGAUGACUAUGUGGUAGAGUCCACCACUGGCACAAGGGCUUAUGUGAGCACUUUGGAUAAGAUAAGAAAUCACAUAUUUUACCCAUGCCUUGACAGAAUGGUGAGUGAGCUGGAGGGGAGAUUUUGUGGUGUUGGUGCAGAGCUAAUGAAAGGCAUCAAAGCUUGCCAUCCAGCAGCAAAUGACUUCCUGUGUGAAGAAUCAUUAGAGCUGAUUGCCAAACAUUAUAACAUGAAGGUCAGUAAAGAAGAGGUUGCAGUGGCUAGACAGUUCCUGAUCAAAAGAAGAGAUGAAGGUGUCAUUUCAGAUAUGGCAAGUGUAUACAAGCUCCUUGACCCUGACAUGUUCCCAAGCCUGAGAUCAGUCUUUCAAGCAGCACUAACGAUUCCUGUCAGCAGCUGCAGUUGCGAAAGAUCAUUCAGUGCUCUGCGUCGCCUACACACAUGGUUGAGAAGAACCAUGGGUCAGCAGAGGCUCAAUUACCUGGCAGUGAUGUCUAUUGAGAGGGGACUUGUGUGUGUCACAGACCAUAACAGUGUCAUGAACCGAUUUGCAAUGCUCAAACCAAGAAAAUACCCUUUAAUGAUACCCAGCAAAACAAGUGAAAAAGCAAGUGAUGAGAGAAAGACUACAGCAGGUGAUGAGAAAGACUAGCAAGUGGAUGAGAGACUAAAGCAGGUGAUGAGAGACUACAGCAAGUGAUGAAAGACUACAGCAGGUGAUGAGAAAGACUAGCAAGUGGAUGAGAGACUACAGCAGGUGAUGAGAAAGACUACAGCAAGUGAUGAGAGACUACAGCAGGUGAUGAGAAAGACUACAGCAAGUGAUGAGAGACUACAGCAGGUGAUGAGAAAGACUAGCAAGUGGAUGAGAGACUACAGCAGGUGAUGAGAAAGACUAGCAAGUGGAUGAGAGACUACAGCAGGUGAUGAGAAAGACUAGCAAGUGAUGAGAGACUACAGCAGGUGAUGAGAAAGACUAGCAAGUGAUGAAAGACUACAGCAGGUGAUGAGAAAGACUAGCAAGUGGAUGAGAGACUAAAGCAGGUGAUGAGAGACUACAGCAAGUGAUGAAAGACUACAGCAGGUGAUGAGAAAGACUAGCAAGUGGAUGAGAGACUACAGCAGGUGAUGAGAAAGACUACAGCAAGUGAUGAGAGACUACAGCAGGUGAUGAGAAAGACUACAGCAAGUGAUGAGAGACUACAGCAGGUGAUGAGAAAGACUAGCAAGUGGAUGAGAGACUACAGCAGGUGAUGAGAAAGACUAGCAAGUGGAUGAGAGACUAAAGCAGGUGAUGAGAGACUACAGCAAGUGAUGAAAGACUACAGCAGGUGAUGAGAAAGACUAGCAAGUGGAUGAGAGACUACAGCAGGUGAUGAGAAAGACUACAGCAAGUGAUGAGAGACUACAGCAGGUGAUGAGAAAGACUACAGCAAGUGAUGAGAGACUACAGCAGGUGAUGAGAAAGACUAGCAAGUGGAUGAGAGACUACAGCAGGUGAUGAGAAAGACUAGCAAGUGGAUGAGAGACUACAGCAGGUGAUGAGAAAGACUAGCAAGUGAUGAGAGACUACAGCAGGUGAUGAGAAAGACUAGCAAGUGAUGAAAGACUACAGCAGGUGAUGAGAAAGACUACAGCAAGUGAUGAAAGACUACAGCAGGUGAUGAGAAAGACUACAGCAGGUGAUGAGAGAGAAAUAUAACUAAUAUAGAAGGACAUACCAGAUAGACAGCAAGAGGAGAAUAGUGUAUGUUGUAUGUUGACUCUGUGUAUAUGUAUUGAGCAUAAUGUUAAAGAUGUAUAAUGUUAUCAUGCUCAGUUGAGCAAUGGUUAUGCUCUUCAUAUCCAAAAAAAAGGUUGUGCUCAGUUGAGCACUGAGAGGAUGUUAGCCUGCCUUGAAGAUAAUGUUAAAGAUGUAUUUUGACUGAAAGUAAAGUGUUACUGACUGUAAUAAAAAAAAAAAACCUCUUCGAGUGAUCCCUGUAUUUGCAUUAAAUGUUCUGGGCUAAGCCCCGGAUGUCCUUCA